GCUAUAUAAAUGUGGAACCAGCCAGCAGAGAUUAAUGGGAUCGGUGCACCUUACAGCAAUGUAUACAAAUAAGAUGAAAAUCAUUAUCUUUGUUUUUGCUGCAGUCCAGAUCCUCUACUGCUCUGCACAAAUAUGUGGAGAUACCACCUUUUCACGGAUUGGGUUGGUAUUAAAUGCUACAAUUAAAAAGGUGAACGAUGAAUCCACCAUCAGUAACCUCUUUGCUGUCACAAGGUGUGAAGUUGUAGAUAACAUUUUUAUUGGAGAAGGUAUUACCUGGGUGAAUAUUAGUAUUGAUGUCCAGGAAACCGAUUGUCUUAAGAAUUCUGGUCUUGACCCAACACAAUGUAAUCUGAAACCCAUCUUGGAUGCUGAAACUGCUACUUGUACAAGCCAAGUCCAACUUGAAGGUGACCAAGUUCUAAGGGUUAUUAUUCAGUGCAGAAAUACAAAUGUUACAACACCAGCAAUGACCACAUCUAACUCACCAGCCACCACACUAGACACAUCAGCUACCACACCGGACACAUCAGUAACCACACUAGACACAUCAGCUACCACACCGGGCACAUCAACUACCACACCGGACACAUCAGCUACCACGCCGACCACCACAGUAACCACACCGACCACAUCAGCUACCACACUGACUACCACAGUAACCACACCGACCACAUCAUCUACCACACCGACCACCACAGUAACCACACCGACCACAUCAACUACCACACUGACCACCACAGUAACCACACCGACCACAUCAACUACCACACCGACUACCACAGUAACCACACCGACCACAUCAACUACCACACUGACCACCACAGUAACCACAUCGACCACAUCAACUACCACACCGACCACCACAGUAACCACACCAACCACAUCAACUACCACACCGACUACCACAGUAACCACACCGACCACAUCAACUACCAGACCGACCACAGUAACCACACCGACCACAACAAUUACCACACCGACCACCACAGUAACCACACCGACCACAUCAACUACCAGACCAACCACCACAGUAACCACACCGACCACAUCAACUACCACACCGACCACCACAGUAACCACCACAACCACAACGCCAACUAAAACGACAACAACAACAACAACAACGACAAGAAAACGAGCAUCGUCAUCAUCAUCGUCAUCAUCUGAAAGCAGUGAAUCAUCAGAGAGAUGCAGGAGAAAGUAUGGCUGGAGAAGAAAUAGGUACUGCAGGAGGAGACAUGGUCGGAGAAGAGGCAACAGGAGGAGGUGGAGGUGGUGGAGAUGGUGGAGACAUCAGCAGAGAAGGAGGAAAAAUCCAAGACGAAGGAAUCGAAACAGGUUCAAUCGACGUAGAAGAACUUAAGCUACAACUGCAGAGGAAAAUGGAGAGAGUAAAAUGCAGGUUUGAUGAACAUAAGUCCUAAUUCCAGUUCUGAUGAAGUUUCUUUGGCCUGAAUCAUUAAUGCAGUUUCUUUUUCCACGGACAUGGCCUGGCCUGCUGAGUGUUUCCAACAUUUUCUGCUUUUAUUUCAAAUUUCCAGCUCCUGGUAAAAUUUUUUGGUUUUCAUUCACUAAUGCCAUUUACCUGUUGAGAUCUCGUAAACUUAUAUAUGGAUAUAUAAGUUUACGAUAUAUAUAUAUGUAUGUAUGGAUAUGAAACCAAUUCUCCUAAUUUCCUUUAAAUGUCCUUCAAUCAUCCAGCUGCCCAUGAAUGGAAUUUAAAAAGUUCUGAAUAUUUGUGCUUGAUUACCGCAAAUGAUUCAACUCAUUAUGACACCAUUAAUAUUGCAUUAUAAACACACAUCAUUUGCAAAAGCAGCCAAUUUCUACACCUGUAUCCAAGUGAAAGAUACCUUUACUUAUUGUGACUUAAGGAAAAAUGUUUACCAAAAAUAUUUUCGAAAGGUGAUCAGCUAACAUUCAGCUGCAGCUAUGGGAGGCGAAUCAUAUUGAUUAUCACUCACUUAUAAGUUGUGAAAUUUGUUGUUUUGAGGCAGCAGUACAGUGAAAAGAUAUAAAAUUACUAUAAUUUACAAAAAUAAAUAGGGCAAAAAGUAGGAAUAACGAGGUAGUAUUUAUGGGUUCAUGGACCGUCCAGAAAUCUGAUGGCAGAGAGGAAGAAGCUGUAUCUGAAUCAUUGAGUGUGGGUCUUCAGGGUCCUGUACCUCCACCCCGAUGGUAGUAACGAGAAGAGAGCAUGUCCCAGAAGGUGAAGGUCCUUUGUGAUGGAUACCGCCUUCUUGAGGCACCGCCUCUUGAAGAUGUCCUUGGUGGUCAGAAGUGUUGUGUCUGUGAUUGAGACUUCCAAUGAAUAAUCUUUUCUAAUUAAAUUUCAGAUUUCAUGGUAAAACCAAAGGAUAAAGAUAUCAAGGCAAGGAAAAUUGUUCAAAAUGAAGAAAAUUCUUAGAAGUAUAAUUUUAAGCAGAAUAUCUCAUGUUUAAUUACAAAUAAUUUAGUGUUUAAUCAUUAGUACUUUAUGCAAUAGCAUUCAACAGGAAAUUACAAUAUACUUUAUCAAUGUGCAAAUAAAUUGAAUUGAGGUAUGUUCAAUUCCAAAUUCCCCCUAAUAUGAUUGGGAAACAGAAUUACAAAAUUGGGUUGAGCUAUGUAUGCAAGGCACUAGCUGCAUGUUGGAGAACAUUCCUUGGUGAAACUAUGCCAAUUUUGAAAUUGGACAAGGUACCGCCAUGUGAGGGACAUGUAAACAUUACUGACAUCUUCCUGUCAUAAUUCAAGUGACAUCCAUUGGGUCCAUGGUCAUGGAACAGGGUCAUGGGUCAUGGAAUCCAAAAUCAUGGAACAGACUCAGAAGAACUAGGAACACAUCACACUCGGUUGUUGCUUCCUCUGUUGACUUUUAGCUAUCUGACUGUAAGCUGUUGUCCCAUGUCUUUACUUAAUAAAAAUACAAUUAUUACA